AUGUAUGCCGAUCGUGUUGAAAAUUCAAAUUCAAAUUCAAAUGCUCCCGGCGUCGGAAACAAUCUCCUAAAAUCUGCCGGUUUAUUAAAGCACAAGGGUAAACGCGGUAGAGGCGUUGGUUCCACAAAUGAGGAUUCUUCCAUGUCAGACGCUGAUUCCUCAUCAAGAAGAUCUCAAAUACGUAACAAAUCUAAUCCUCUCGCACGCCCAUCUACUUCAUCUCGCCUGAGUGGCGCUCCUUCACGUCCGAACACCCCCACACGCCCUAAGAAGGUGUCUCUCAAUAACCCUCCGACAAAACCCACGUCGGACAGAAACGUUAUCGACGCAUUGACUCGCUUCUUAAACACUCGCUUCGAUUCUAAUCUCAAUUUUCUAAAUUUGGAGAAAAUGGGCGACGACGAUAUCCUUAAAUCUGCAAAUUUCAUUCCACCCGGUUAUUCCAAACAGAAAUCACUCGCAGGUCCCUCCCUCUUUAAACUCAUUGCUGAGCUCUUCCCUGAUGUCAAGACUAUCUCACUGGCCUCGAAUCACUUGCGCAAUUUACAUUCUUACAAAUCUCUCCCAGAAUUCAUCCCAAAUCUCGAAAACUUGAGCCUCAGCGAUAACGAUUUCAGACACGUAGAAGACCUAUACGCUUUAUGCUCCUCACGCAGACUACGCAACCUCAAAGAACUCAUUCUAUCAAAUAAUCCCAUUUCCCGCUUUGGUGAUACGUGGAGAGCGAGAGUCAUAAAGAAGUUCCCUACAUUGGAACUCCUCGAUAUGAAACCUGUUCAACGUUCCGUAACAUUUGAUUUGGGUGAUGGUGUCAAAUUGGAUCCAAAGAAACAACGCAUUCAAUCAGAUGCAACUAAAUCCCUGCCAUCUCAAUUCCCUGUUGCCAUUCUCGGUAGUUUCGGUAGAGAUAACGCUGAAGUUGGUCCAUUGGUUGCCGAAUUUCUUACUAGAUUUUUUAGUCUCUUUGAUAAUGACAGAGGUGCUUUACUCCCUGCCUACACUGAUACAGCCACAUUCAGUAUCUCCGUCAACACCAACACCCCUCCACGCGCAAGAAGGCAAAAUUUAUACGACGGCAAACCAAAAAUAAUGUGGAAGCCUUACAUUGACAAUAAACCAACAGCGACAUCUAGAAAUUGUUCCAAGAUCUACAACAACGAAACGAGGAACCAGAAGUUGUCGGUUGGAAAUAAGAUGAUAAUUGAAGCUCAAAAACUACUGCCACGCACAACGCAUAAUAUCAGCGAUAUCAACAAUUUCGUUUUUGAUUGCUGGACCAUGCCUGGAGUGAUACCUUCAACAGCUGUAAUAUUCUGUUCGGUGCAUGGUGAGUUUAUAGAGAAUGGCAAUAAGGGGUUCAGGUCAUUUGACCGUACUUUUAUUCUUGCUCCUUCUUCGGUAUCAACGCUCGCCGCCGAGAGUGGAUGGCCGUGUGCGGUGGUUUCGGACAGCCUCACACUACGCGCACUAUCCAAAUCUGAAGCGUGGAGGGAGGGCAGCACAAUCGACACGGUGGAGGGAAGUAAAGGGAUACUACUCAAGCUGCCGAAAAACCCACCAGACCACAUUUCCAAAGAGCAACAUGGUAUUGUUUGUGAGCUGGCAGUGAGGACGCGUCUCAAUUACGACUUUUCUAUAGAGUGCCUUCAAUCGAAUAAUUGGAACUUGGAGCAAGCGCUGAACAAUUUCGAAGCGGUGAAAGGGUCCAUACCAGAAGCAGGAUUUUUGUAA